GCGCGCACGCACGCACAACCCCCCCUCCACUCGCGACACACACAAGCGCACUUAUACGCAUGUAGCAUGUAUAUGACUCAAGAAAAGAGGUUUCUCGGUCUCGUCCCCUACAGGCAGCGCUGAGAAGUUUUGAGGAGCAAUCAGCAGACGUGAUACCAGGGUGGUUCCUUUAAAUGGUCUUAAAUCCUCGUAGAUCCGUUUGAAAGGAAUCCAAGCUGCAAGAAGAGGCGACAAGCAGCACGAUGUCUGUCAAGCCGUUGGCACACGAGUGUGCCUGCCAUGCUCUAGAAGUCAGCUGCGGCGUGCAGUUGGAGAUGCAGGACUCUCCGACUAAAGAGCGCUAGGAGUCAGCUGGCGGUCUGAACACUAACUGCGAAACAACAGGAGUUAAAGCCAGCCCUUGCUCGCAGGAGAGAACAGAGGAGAGAAAACACGGCGCCACUCCACUCCUGACCACACUCACGGGAUCCGGCCGCUAUUCCAACACCGACAGACCGUCAGGCCCUGGACUCUGGGUGUCGGACCGUGCCGCCGCCAGACUUGGGGUGCGGAGUGAACGGCCGCCCCGGGGAAGGAGGCGGAGCGGCGCGGCGAGCGGGGCUCUGUGGCGGUGCCGGCGCCCCCGAACUGGCAGACAUGAACGGCUUCACUCCGGAGGAGAUGAGCCGAGGCGGGGACGCGGCUGCCGCGGUGGCCGCGGUGGUAGCUGCUGCAGCUGCCGCUGCCUCGGCUGGGAAUGGGAACGCCGCCGGUGGUGGGGCAGAGGUACCCGGUGCCGGUGCGGUGUCGGCUUCUGGGCCACCUGGAGCGGCCGGUCCCGGCCCUGGGCAACUCUGUUGUUUGCGGGAGGACGGUGAGCGGUGCGGGCGCGCGGCAGGCAACGCCAGCUUCAGCAAGAGGAUCCAGAAGAGCAUCUCUCAGAAGAAGGUGAAGAUCGAGCUGGAUAAGAGUGCAAGGCAUCUUUACAUUUGUGACUAUCAUAAGAACCUAAUUCAGAGUGUUCGGAACAGAAGGAAGAGGAAAGGAAGCGAUGAUGAUGGGGGAGACUCACCCGUUCAGGACAUUGACACUCCAGAGGUUGAUUUGUACCAAUUACAAGUAAAUACACUUAGGAGAUACAAACGACACUUCAAGCUUCCAACCAGACCAGGUCUAAAUAAAGCCCAACUUGUUGAGAUAGUUGGUUGCCACUUUAAGUCUAUUCCAGUGAACGAAAAAGACACCUUAACAUGUUUCAUCUACUCGGUGAGGAACGACAAGAACAAAUCUGACCUCAAGGCCGACAGUGGUGUUCACUAGGAGAGAUGCUAUUCACGCUAGCACAGAGGAGUCUGCUUGGAAAGAAUGUUUACCGUUUUUCAGAUGUAGAAAUGUUCUUGUGUAUUUUUUCUACAGAGGAUUUUCUUUGACUGUUUUUUUUUUUCUUUGUUGUUGUUGUCAUUUUUGAUUCUAAUAAUUUCUUGGAAACUCAUAUAAAAUGAGCUUCCUAGAUUAAACAUAUUUUAAAUAAAGGUUAUUACUAUUACA